AUGGCGGGUUUCUCCCCGAAAGAUGGGAUACUUCAUGACUCAAACGUUGAAUCACGGACUAACGGAGGAAAUACCCCUGUCACCUCCUCCCCUCCCCACGGGCGCCACGCUCAAAAAGCUGUGAAGAUUGGUAUCGGGUAUCGGGAGGGGCAAAUCAUCGGCUCCGAGUCCCCGACAGAGAUGUGGAAGGAUUAUGUGUCGGAUCCCGGCUUUCGUUCAGUCGAUGUCACUGGUGAGAUCUGUCUCCCUGGCGUAUGGGGUACCGGUUACCGGCUCAGGGUAGGACGGAAUCAAUCCAUGGGCGUUCCCUACCGUUUGUCUCGGCUGACGCAGGGGAAGUCCAUCGAGGAUCGACCCAAAGAGGCUUCUGCCUUCAGAUGUAAAGCUUCCUCACGCAUUAUGAAUGGGACACCAACAUUCUCCAUGUUCAGUUUGGUCCACAGGAGGCGAUUGUUUGGACCAUACCAAUGUAUUUGGCAUCGUCAUCGAAUCAGCCUGUCAAAUUGCUGGCACAUCGAAUUGACCCGCUCCAAUCUGAUCUCAAGGCAAGAUGCCAAUGGUCGUGCGACAUGGCGGCUGCUCUCCCUCACGUAUGCUUGA